AUGGUUGUCUUCAGCAAAGUUACCGCCGGCCUCGCCUGCUUUUCGGCUGUUGCCUCAGCUGCCGCUGUACCUGCCAAGAGCCCUCGCGCUGGAUUCAGUGUGAACCAGGUGCAGAAGACUACUACAGGUACCAGGACUGUCAAUUUGCCUGGUCUGUACGCCAAUGCACUGAGCAAGUACGGUGGUACCGUGCCUGCCAAUGUCCACGCUGCUGCUGUUAGCGGCUCUGCCAUUACCACACCCGAGGACAACGACAUCGAGUACCUCACUCCCGUCAAGGUUGGCGGCACCACCUUGAACUUGGACUUCGACACCGGCUCUGCUGAUCUCUGGGUCUUCUCCAGCGAGCUCAGCUCUUCGGAACAGAGUGGCCACGACGUUUACAAAGUCAGCAGCUCCGGUCAGAAGCUGGCAGGUUCUAGCUGGUCGAUCUCAUACGGUGAUGGCAGCGGUGCCAGUGGUGAUGUCUACAAGGACACCGUCGUCGUUGGUGGAGUCAAGGCCACUGGCCAGGCCGUUGAGGCUGCCAAGAAGAUCAGCCAGCAGUUCGUGCAGGACAAGAGCAAUGAUGGCCUCUUGGGUCUGGCUUUCAGCUCCAUCAACACCGUCAGCCCCAAACCUCAGACAACCUUCUUUGACACCGUCAAGGACAGUCUCGACAAGCCGCUGUUCGCUGUGACUCUCAAGCACGGCGCCCCUGGUGCCUUUGACUUCGGCUACAUUGACCACGAGAAGUUCACCGGAUCUGUCGCCUACACCGAUGUUGACAACUCCGAUGGAUUCUGGUCCUUCACCGCCGACAGCCACAAGAUCGGCUCCGGUUCUGCUGGCGGCCCUAUCACUGGAAUUGCUGAUACUGGCACCACCCUUCUCCUGCUCCCUGACUCUGUUGUCUCCGCCUACUACAAAAAGGUUACUGGCGCCAAGAACAGCCAGACUGAGGGUGGCUAUGUCUUCCCUUGCUCUGCUGAUCUGCCUGACUUCACUGUCACCAUUGGUGACUACGAUGCGGUUGUUCCCGGAAAGCACAUCAAAUACGCCCCAGUCAGCGCUGGCGGCUCCUCCUGCUUUGGUGGUAUCCAGAGCAACUCUGGCCUUGGCUUCUCCAUCUUCGGUGAUAUCUUCCUCAAGAGCCAGUACGUCGUUUUCGACUCCGAGGGACCUCGUCUUGGCUUCGCCGCCCAGGCAUAA